AAAAAGAAAAUUGGACCGACCAUCGCUAUGAUGAUGACGGGUUGCUCCAUGUUCAAUGCCAUUAGAGAUUUUGGUGAAAUGAAAACUGAAAGAGGGGGAUCUGGGGAAUGAGCGCCGGUGCGACGGACCGGUUCCUUACCGCGUACAAGGGGACUUGGUACCCAAUAACUACCUUAAUCAUAGUCCUCCGACGUUCCACCGUCGCCUCCUUCCCGGAUCAGGCAUGUACCUUGCCUAUCAUUCUCUUCCAACACCGUCCAUCUAUCUGCCGAGAUUUCAAUUUGGUCGUCGCACCAACUGCCGUAAAGGUUGCUUUUCUCUUCCUGUUUUCAUUUUUUGUGCCCAGACAAGAAAGAAGAAGAAAGUCAACAGGCACAUGUUCCCCGCGAGGCUGCGGGUUGUUGCACGUUUCACCUAGAGAACAUUCUACGGUUUUACUCCCCCCUACCCUUAGGAGAAUGACAACCACUUGCAAAUACGUAUUCCAGGCAUCCCACCGCAAAACAUCUCAAGAUGGCCCUCUCCGCAAGAGAAAUGUACAAGUUCUCGUGCCUGCCUGCCUCAUACGUUUCUUUCAAAUCCACGAGGUUAACAGACGCCAUAUCUCGGUCCUACAAUGCAAAGAUCGCUCCGUUCAAGACGCAUUCAGAACGGUAAUAUCUCUCAUGUCUAGUCCGCCCGCCAUUUAGUUGUUACCACCUGCCAAUUUGAGCUACGAAUGAAUGAAUGAAUCCUUCCAGAGGCGGACUCGGAAGCGGUUUUUUUGUUUUUGGAAAUUGG